AUGAACGGCGUGAACGUCGCUGCAUCGCCGGUGCCGCAUGGCAAUUCCGGUUCGCAACCAGCAUAUGGGAACUCCGGUCCGCCCGCCUCAAAUGGGAACUCUGGCUCGCCCGCCUCAUGUGGUUAUCCUGGUGGACCCGCCACGGCCACUCUGGACGCAGGAGUCAUACAUGGAAUCUCGACAUCACUACCCUCAGCGCCGCAACCUACCGUAAACAAGUUCCUGGGCGUACCAUUCGCAGCACCGCCGAAGCGAUUCUCGCCGCCCGAGAAGCCUCAGAGCUGGUCAGAACCAAUCGACGUCACUUCCUACAAGCCAGCUUGUAUUCAACAGUUUAGCUAUCCAAAGGUCCGCUCAGACUUCGCCAAAAAUGUGUUCAACACCCCUGCGCCUGAAGAGAGCGAGGACUGCUUGUACCUGAAUGUGUACAGUCCUUCAUCGCCAGCUCCUGCAGAUGGCCGCUCAGUGCUCUUCUGGAUCUACGGCGGCUCCCUCGAAUUCGGCAACGCCGGUAAUGCCAACUACGACGGCAGUAUCCUCGCUGCCUACCAGGAUGUCAUCGUAGUCACGGUCAAUUACCGAACGAACGUCUUCGGCUUCGCUAGCAGCGACGAGAUCCCGCUUGACCAACGUAAUCUUGGCUUCUACGAUCAACGUCUGGGUCUGGACUGGGUUCAGCGCAACAUUGCUGCUUUUGGAGGAAGUCCCAACAAGGUCACCCUGUUCGGAGAGAGUGCCGGUUCAUUCUCUAUUGAUGCGCUGUUGACUUCGUAUUCCAAGGAUGACCGUCCACCUUUCCGGGGAGCCAUUCUGGAGUCAGGCCAAAUCAGCUACAGCGCCAGCGCAAACCCAAGCACUGUCCCUGCAUGGAAUCAACUCGCUGCAUCGUUCAACUGCCCUGAGUCGAGCACGCUAGAAUGUCUGCGCAACGUUCCUGCAACAGACAUCAAAAAAUACAUCGAAGAGAACGCCCUCCACUUCAACUACGCAUUCGACGGCGUCACCGCCUUCCGCGAUGCCGCCAACCGUCGAAAGAACGGACAGAUCGCGAAGAUUCCCAUCCUGAUCGGCAGCAAUGCGCAAGAAGGCCGCAUCUUCCAAGUCGGCCAGAACAGCCAAGAAGCCUCUCGUGCUUACAUCGAUGCCAUCUCCGGCAAUCAGACAGCCUAUGGCAACAUGAUUGAAGCAGCAUUCCCUCUUGGAUCUCCUGGUAUAACCUCCUACUACGACCAGAUCUCCCAGAUCAACACCGAAUACCGCUUCCAGUGCGGCUCUGCCAAGGUCGCCAACGACUCGGCAGCCUCUGGCAUCCCCGCUUGGAGAUACUACUUCAACGCCUCAUUCCCCAACACUCAGAAGUUCCCUCAAUUGGGCGUAUACCAUGCCAGCGAGAUUCCAAUCGUCUUCGGGACCUAUCCUCGCACCAAUGUUACCACUCAGCAAUAUGCUCUGUCCACCGCCAUGAUGGGCAUGUGGGCUCGAUUUGCAAAGAACCCGAAGAGUGGUCCAGGCUGGAAUCCUGUUUCAACCGGUGUGGCCAGCGAGGUUCUCGUCGGAUCGGCGGACGUCGGCAUGGGUGGGAUGUAUAUCGAUGGCAUGGGCAUGCCUACACAAGGAGCGUACGACCUUGCGGUCUUGGGCAAUCGACAUAACGCUCUGUCGUCGGGUGUGACGAUCAUUGAUCAGUCAGAGGUGGACUACAGAUGUGCGAUAUUCGAGCCGGCCUACGCAGCUAUCUUGUCGGGCGCAGGGACGUAG